AAGACGAAACAGAUUAGACUAGCAAAUUGUCUGUUCUUAAAAAAAAAAAAAAAAAAAAACCUCUGUUCUUACUCUCUGCCAUUUGCAUCCGAGGAAAAUGGGAUUUUCUUCACUACUUCGCUUUGCCAUUACCAAGAGGCUACUCUCCACAAAGCCCCACUCUUCCGUUGCUACGGCUCUGUAUCAUGCUGGCGGCGUUAACGGUGACAUUAAGAAUGAUAACGGUAAUGAGAUGACGAUUUCAAAAAGCUCAUAUCAUGUGAGCUCAGGUGGGUUCAUGCGUGGAGUUGUGUUUAGAGAACCCAAUCAACCUCUCACCAUUGAAGAAUUCCAUAUGCCUCGCCCCAAAGCCUCCGAGCUUCUCAUUAAAACCAAAGCCUGUGGAGUUUGCCAUUCUGAUCUCCAUGUUAUAAAGGGAGAACUUCCAUUUGCUAGUCCUUGUGCUAUUGGGCAUGAGAUAACUGGUGAAGUUGUUGAACAUGGGCCAUUGACAGACCGCAAAAUUAUUGAAAGAUUUCCUGUUGGAUCUCAUGUUAUUGGAGCUUUCAUUAUGCCUUGUGGUAACUGCUUGUACUGUUCUAAGGGUCAUGAUGAUUUAUGUGAGGAUUUCUUUGCUUAUAAUCGGGCAAAAGGAACUCUUUACGAUGGUGAAACAAGGCUAUUCCUCCGCAGCAAUGGAAAGCCAGUGUUCAUGUAUAGCAUGGGAGGCCUUGCUGAGUAUUGUGUUGUUCCAGCACAUGGAUUGACUAUUUUACCAAGCUCAUUGCCAUACACGGAGUCUGCAAUUUUAGGAUGUGCAGUAUUUACUGCCUAUGGUGCUAUGGCCCAUGCAGCAGAGGUGCAUCCGGGGGAUUCUGUUGCCAUAAUUGGAAUUGGAGGUGUUGGCUCGAGUUGUUUGCAGAUAGCCAGGGCAUUUGGUGCCUCUGAUAUUAUUGCUGUGGACGUUCAGGAUGACAAACUACAGAAAGCUAAGAUUUUUGGUGCAACUCACACUAUAAAUGCAACGAAAGAAGAUCCUAUUGAAAGGAUUAGAGAAAUAACUGGGGGAAGAGGUGUAGACAUUGCUGUAGAAGCCUUGGGCAAACCACUAACAUUUUCUCAGUGUACGCAAAGUGUAAGAGAUGGAGGAAAAGCUGUAAUGAUUGGACUUGCAAAAGCUGGUUCUGUUGGGGAGAUAGAUAUAAAUCGUCUUGUUCGUCGAAAGAUUCAAGUAAUUGGUUCUUAUGGAGCAAGGGCUAGGCAGGAUCUUCCCAAGUUGGUUAAACUUGCAGAAACAGGUAUUUUCAAUUUGACUGAUGCUGUUUCAAGAAAAUACAAAUUUGAGGAGGCAGACAAAGCAUUCCAGGAUCUCAACCAGGGAAACAUUAUUAGUCGAGCUGUCGUUGAGAUAAUGUAGUUCUUUUUAAUUCGAGCCAGUUUUUCGACUUCAAUAAGAGGUAUCUAUUUGACUAAAACUAUUGUGAAACUAUAAGAACUAGGUAAUGAUCUUGCUUUUGACUUCUUGAUGGCUGUGAUUCAAAGGGUCUUUAAUUAGACAUGCUGACAAUGGAUAUUGCAAUGUGUUGCGAAUUUGAUGGAAA